AUGUCUUCCGACAUACCCCAUAACUUCGAAGAUCGUCUACGACAACGCGCUUCUACCACUAUGAACGCGAACACUCUCGAAACUAUACCCGUAAACCAUCGACCUCAUGAGAAUAUCCCGAAUACACCACUUUCAGCAUCCACAAUAUCAUUUUUACUAGGAUGUAUCUUUUCUCUUGGUUUGACGCUCUUUCUCACUGGAGGCAUAUCUGGUCGCUGGUGGGCCACAUCACAACUGGGCUUCUUCCUUGCUGCCUGGUCUGGCUUCCAUUGGGGAGAAUUCGCGGUCACAGCAGGCUGGAACCGUGACAAAUGCAGUGUUGACUCGUUCUUACUUGAUAAUGGCCCUAUGUAUCAUGUCGCCAAUGGGACUGCUCUGGUGGAAUAUCUAAUCACAUUAUACUUUAAACCAUCGCUCAAGGCUCACCCCUAUAUCUCAACAAUUGGCAUAAUCAUGACUGUCGUCGGACAGACGCUUCGUGCAGCGGCAAUGAUACAGGCAUCAACCAACUUCUCUCAUAUCGUUGCUUUUCGCAAGCUACCUUCGCACCAACUGGUAACUCAUGGCGUAUACUCGAUAUUCCGGCAUCCAUCGUAUGCAGGAUUUUUCUACUGGGCACUAGGGACCCAGCUAGUAUUGCAAAAUCCUGUCAGCUCCAUCGGCUUCGUGAUAGUCUUGUGGAAUUUUUUCUCCCGUCGUAUCAAAGCUGAAGAGAAAGCAUUGGUCAAUUUCUUUGGAAAGGAUUAUGAAACAUAUAGGCGCAGGGUCGGUACCAACAUUCCAUUCAUACGGUAG